UAAAAGUAAAUAUCGUGUCAAAACUGUUUUAAACCACUGGUGGUUUGGAAAAAGACGGCUGUUUUCUUUGAUGAAGAAUGCAAUAAGUCCGUUCUUUCGACUUUUUCUCAACACGGUACGUUGUAAUUUGGGUAAACAAACCGUGGAAGACCCCAUAGGGUGCCAAUAUUUCACCAUUUCGUCCAAAGAGACGACAACUAUUCAACAGUCGACGUAAGUUCUAGGUGUGGGAGAAAGGAAGCAUAUUUUCUUGUUGCUGACAUCAAGAAGUACACUCUUGAAAAUUACGAUGAACACUACAAUAAACUCUACAGAUACAGAGAACUCCUCUGACGGGCAGUCACCUGGCCCCAGCUCUCUACAUAAGACGAUCUUCACAGUACUGUAUUCGAUGACCAUAUUUGUGGCAGUGGUCGGAAAUCUUCUUCUGAUCUUCAUCAUCAAAAGAAGACACGAAACAAGAUCGCUGACUGGUUUCCUGUUUGUCAACAUGGCCGUCGCUGACCUUCUGGUGGCUCUGAUUGCUAUGCCUGUCUCCCUGCAUAUCCUGCACGGUGGUGGGGUAUGGGCAACGGGAAUGUUUGGAAAUGUCACGUGUUCGCUUACGUUUUUCACGUUUCAUGUCACACUCGGCGCAUCCAUUUUAAGUCUGUUGAUUAUGUCAGUGGAUCGUUACUUUGCAGUUGCCCGUCCUCUUCACCGUUUUGAGACGUUUCGAAAGGCUAGAGUCCUAACUGUGUUUAUUUGGUUGAGUGCAAUGAUUUUCUCCAUUCCAGCUGCUAUUAGUUGGAGGCUUGGUCAUUGGCCUCAAACUGAGGGUUUGCUUUGCGGUCCAAAACAUGAAGAGCUUGGCAAAUUUGGGACGAGGGGUUUCUACACUUACCUCGUUCUAAUUAUGUACCUGAUUCCACUUAUCAUAAUAAUUACCCUUUAUUCUCGGAUCUGCCUCACGCUUUGGCACCGAAGCAUGCCGGGUGAAGCUUCGUCCGAAAUUGAGAAACGUAACGAGAUUACGAAGCGAAGAGUUGUGCGCAUGCUCGUCAUAAUCACUGCUGUUUUCGCUCUUUGUUGGUUCCCGGCUCACUUUUAUCAUUUACUUAUUGCAUAUCGUCCUGACGUCGAUCGGAAACUUCCGUAUUACGUAAUGAUCCUUUGCUUCUGGUUGGGUCACGCAAACAGUGCGGUAAACCCAUGGCUGUACAUGAUGUUAAACGAGAAAUUCCGUAUCGCCCUCAGUGCUACUGUACGCGGAAGGGAUCCAAGAAUGCGAUCCGGCUCAAACAGAACCCAAUCCACCUCAAAGUACACUUCAAUCGAAGGCGGCAAUUCGUUCAAGACAAGACAGUCAAAUAGAGAAAAAUCCAAAGCAGAAACAUUCAUGUGAGACGAUACGCACUUAAUCCAACCUAAUGCUUAUCGGGCUUCUUCAUGUAAAACCGCCAUCAAAUGUCCUGCUGCCAUAGAAAGCGCGAUUUACAACAUUCAGUAAUUUAGAGUUCUGCGUGCGAUAGUGUCAGAAACGUUGGAGUGCGAUUGAUAGUAGAUGGUUGUCAUUGCCGUUUGACAAAUUUUUCAAUGUUCUCCCACGCAAAGAGAGUCAGCACGUGAGGGACGAAGAAGAUCUGGUGAUCCUUUGCCAAUAUUUCUAUGUCGAACCUCCUUACCUGAGAACAGACGCAAGAUUCUCAGACAAGAAUUAACUGACUUAGCUAUAGUUGCAACGAUCCCUCCAUCAUUUGUUACUCAACGGUGUUUGCUAGAAUUGAAAAUCCGUAGGGAGACACUGAUUGAGCCCUGGUGAGCCCAACCUUGACCAGCGCGUUUUUUUGUUUUUGUUUUUUUUUCGGUUUGGCGGCUCUUUUUUAUCGAAUUUUUUACCCCGUAACCCUUGUGGAUAUAGUAAGGUUUGGCGCCGAAAACACUUUGUUUUGUUUAUUGAUAGUUUUUGUUUUUUGUUUAUUAUAUUGUUGUUAUAAUCAUUAUUAUAGAAUGACUUAUCAAAAUCAUGAUGAUCAGCUUGAAAAGAGGGCCACCGUGCUCUAGCCAAUAGUGUUAUCCUAAUGCAAAAAAAUUUGUUUAGUUCUAAAACUGUUCUUAAUUGUAAGUGUGUUUCUUCCACGCCCCACAUUUAAGCUGCCAAAGAAAGGAGACCAAGGCCAGAAUUGCUUUCUGAGAGCAUUCAUUACAAGAUAUAAAAUAUGUAGAGCUCGAAAAAGCUCACGAUUUCAUUUUUUUUUCCUUUUUUGCACUACUUUUUGUCUUCAAGCGCCAAUAACUGAGAAAGAAAACCUUCCGAGGACAUAGAGGCAACCUCCCGAGAUCGACUUCGGUCCGCCUGAAAUUAUUGAGAUCAACCAUAUUGCUCCAAUCAUUUCUUUGUUAAAAAACAACUGGGGGCGCUCAAGACGAAGCGAAACGAAGCGAGUAUUAUGAGCAAGUCCUUCCCCGUGCGUUUCUUAUCCUUUAAAGUUACCACCAGACUGAAGGCAAGACUCGUUUCCUUUAGUAACCCCAGAAGAGUUAGGUCGAAAGAGGUUUUUUCAAAAACAUGCACAGAUCAUACAUUUCUCUGUUUGUUUACACACCAGAUAAUCCUCGAAUUCGGACGUGGUCACAAUAAUUUUUUACAAACCAAAAAGAGACCGCGCGGACACGCAAUUUUUUUCUUUUGUUAUGCGUCUAGCUAAAUCUCAACCAAUGAUAAAGUGUGAUACGAGCAUGGGAACGUAAUUCUGAGUAUAUGUAUAGUAACCAUAUUAUUAUUUGCCAUAUCUUCAAAUGAUUAAUUGAUAUCACUUUACAAAAAAGUGUAAUAAACGCUUUUAUUCAUGAUUUUAAUCAGUUUUCAAUCACGCCGUGACAUCAUACCACAAUACCACCGGCAUAAGUAACAUUGCGCGAUUGAGGGAGUCGCGCAAUGUUACUUAUGCCGGUGGUAUUGUGGAUCCUUGGUAUAAUGUCACGGCGUGAUUGAAAACUUCAAGAUCAUAUAUCAGUCUAAUUAAAUUACAGCUUGAUUCUCGUCUACGGUGUGACUUAUUCGAAAGUCUAUAGUUUUUCAUUUAAACAGCCACGGUGGACUGAAAGCACGGACCUUCACACUCACAUAUAAAAGCCCAACUGUUUGUGCAAGGCACUGUGUACCAUAGUGAAAAAGUGGUAUCCGGAUGCGUUGCUAAGACAACACAGUCUCUUUGUUCUUCAGUUAUCAAAUCUUGAGGAAAGCCAGGUGGAAAGUUAAGAAAUGGCGCUGGAUUUGUGUCUCCAUUCAGGCGAAAAACACCCUCCUCUUCUAAGUCCGUCACACCAAUGUAAUAUCUUUGCCCUUAGAGAAGAGAAAAGAUGAAUUGAUGAAAAGAUAUCUCGUGUUAGAUUUUGAUUCACACCACCUCAUUAGUGUUUUGAGGAAGGCCCCUGCUCUGAGCCACGAGAUAUACCUACUGCAUUAAAGGUAUUUCAUAAUAAAAUUUAGUUAUACGCAGAGCGAAUGUACGAGUAUAAAUAGUCUGUUAGUCGGAAGCUUGUUUUCCUUGAGUCCUCAUUGAAGCUAUUUUGGAAAUAAUUACCUCAAUUUUUUUUCUAUUUAUCCUUCUUUUUCAUUUAUCUGUUUUUGGAAACAUGUUCAAACAAGGGGAAUGAUGUUAAUUGCAACGAGCAAUCACAAAGAGAACCUACGGGAAAAUAGACUUCUGUUACCAUCCUUAAACUUCAAAAUUUAAA